AUGCCAGUGCAGUGGCCAUGCUGCACCUGCCCGUCCCCACUGGCUCGUAGCACUUUCAGAGCGGCGCCUCCAUCUGCGUGUGCGCUUUUGCCUGCUGUCACGCUGCCACGCUGCCAAUGUCUGCCAUAUUCCAUGGCUGUUCUGGCUUUAGAGAUGAGGAUAAACUUCUCUAACAGUUGUUGCACUUUGGACAGGACACAUGAGUUGAAGAGUGUGCCAGAAAGUUACAAAAAUGCAACCAGAGAAAAGCUCCGAAAGUUUAACUUUCUCCGCGGUCGGGAGGUGCAGCCUGGUGAGUUCUGGGAUGUGGUGGUUGUGACUGCUGUGGACGACCAGAGGGACGCGUACGAGCUGCAGAUCAGUGACAAAGUGGACAGGAAAGAGCUGCCUCUCGGGGUGAACUACCUGGUCUUUUCAGAUCCGCCUGGAUCCAAAAUAGGGAACGGGGGCUCCACUCUGUGCGCACUGCAGCAGCUCAGCAUCUAUGGGAAGACUCUGAACACACUGAGAGUCAUCCUCAUCCACGCAGGUGGGCUGAGUCAGCGUUUGCCCAGUGCGAGUGCCCUGGGAAAAAUCUUCACCGCUGUGCCUCUGGGAGAUCCUCUUUACCAAAUGCUGGAGCUCAAACUAGCCAUGUAUGUGGAUUUCCCGUUGCACAUGAAGCCUGGCGUUCUGGUGAGCUGUGCAGAUGACAUAGAGCUGUACAGUAUUACAGAUGAUGAGAGCGUUAGGUUUGAUAAAUCUGGUUUCACAGCUUUAGCCCACCCUUCCCCACUGUCUAUUGGAACUACUCAUGGGGUGUUUGUGUUGGAUGCAAAUGAAAAGUCGUACAACUCAGAAAUAGACACCGUUUCCUGCCUGGGGUUUCUGCAUAAGCCAACCAUAGAUAAAAUGCGAGACAGUGGAGCUGUUUGCCAGAGACAGAGCAGCUGUAUUUCUGUAUGUGAUACUGAGUUUGUCUACACGGACAGUACGUAUUAUGUCGAUUUCAGCACGGCAAAGUCUCUCCUUAACCUGCUGAAGGAGGUCGGGCCUUUGGACUGUGAGAUAGACGCAUAUGGGGAUUUUCUCCAAGCACUGGGUCCUAAAGCUACGAUAGAGUACACCUACAACACAGCUAAUGUCACCAAAGAGGAGAGCAGUCUCGUCCAUAUCCGCCAGAGGAUCUUCCACCUUCUCAGAGGAACUCCUUUACAUGUCAUCCUCCUCAACAACUCCAAGUUUUAUCAUGUCGGCACCACGUCAGAAUACCUCUUUCACCUCACCAAGGAUGUGAACCUGAGAACUGAGCUGGGCCUCUCUUCGUCUGCCUUUAGUCUUCAUCUCGACAAGAACUCUGAAGACUCCACAAGGUGCUGCCUUAUGUCCAGCAUACUCGACCCCAGCUGCUCUGUGGGAUGUGGAUCAGUGGUGGAGUACUCCAGAAUGGGAGUGGGAGCGUCUGUUGGAAGGGGCUCCAUCAUCAGUGGCUGCUGGGUCAGUCCUGGCCUCUCGGUGCCUGACCAAGUCUUUGUGCACUCGCUGUGUGUGAACCACCAGGACCAAAGGUUCAUAACUGUCAUCUUUGGGAUUAAUGACAACCUGAAGCAGAGUGUUGAAACCCCUGCUCAAAUACAAACGCUGAAGCUCUUUGGGGUCAGCCUGGUGGAGUGUCUGUGCCACUGGGGGCUGGACCAUGAAGCCCUGAAGUUUUCUGGUGACGCAUCUUGCUGUAGUUUGUGGAAUGCUUGUCUGUUUCCUCUUUGCAAUGACCAAAGAAGCUCCUUCGCACUAUCUCUGGAGAUGCUACAUGCCGUCCUAAAUGGAACCUCCAUCACAUUACCAAAAGACACAAAGCUCAUGUCUAUGCAGGAGUCUUUACAGUCUAAGAACCUGAAGGAGAUGCUGAAGUUAAGAAAGGGGCUGUAUGACGACAUUAGACAGAGAAGAGUCAGCAAAUAGAGGUGUUUGAGGUCAGGGUCAAAGUUUUAGUUUGUCCCUCAGUACGUGAUUACAUUGUGCUGUCAUUGAUGUAAGACUGAAGAGGAUAAAACAAUCAAUCUAUGAAAUUUUACCUGUAUAGAUCAGUUUUCAGAUUGGUUUAGUUUAAGGGCAGAAGACUUGUAAACUGUAAUAAAG